AUGAACGCACAGGACCCUAACAGCAGUCCCGAUAACAGCGGACAGGACACAGACAGCAGCGGGGAAGACUCAGAUCGGGAUUCCAGCAACCGCAACAACCAACAAAAUACCAGCACUGCGGCCACCCCCACACCAACCAAAACCGUCCAGCGGCGACCCUCGCUCAAAAUACACUACCGCACCAAUCAACAGGUGCCCCCGUUACCCGUCGAGCUAGCUUUCACUCUCCCUUCCCAAUCCUCCUCCUCCUCCUCCGGCGGUCCUUGCACACUCAUGCUCGACCUCACCUCCCCCGACGCCAAGGUCCACGGGGCCGCCACCAUCAACGUGUAUGCGUUAGACGGGCCGUCGGCAGACUCUCUGGUCGGCACGACACACUUUGCACGGGGAGAAAAGACUACCGUGAAUAGUUUUGCAUGUCGGCAGGAUCCAAUGUGUUUUCGCUUUGAGGUAGCAGAUGACGGGGGCACUGGAAACGGGGUGAGUUUUUUGCAGGGAGGUACGGAGGGGAUGGGGUUGAGUAUGCGGUAUGGAUGUUGA